AGUGUCCCCGUUACUCUUCGAGCUCUUACCAAAAUUGGCCUCGCCUUCCUCCUUCAGGUAUCGCUUUGAGUAUCGCUAGCCUGGUUUGAACUUUGUCCUUCCAGAUAUUCCUUCCCUACCAAGAAGGUAUUUGCAAAUACCGUAUUCGCAUUCCAUUCUCUCCUCCACAAAAGUCCAGUAUAUCACACUGCUGCCCGUCCCCCCCGCCCCCAAUCCCUCAAUUGCCAUCCUUCUCUACAGCUUUGCUUGAAAGUUUGGGCUCCGGCAAAUAGUCCUGGUUCGCCCGGCCGCGGUCGAACUUCCUCUUCCUGACUUUUCCGUUCCCUGUACCCUUGUAUUCCCGCCUCUCCCCGGAUUCCGGUGCUGUACACUUUAAAAGGUUUGCCCGGUCAACAUCCCCAAAGGUCUUCCUGCUUCUGCCUCCCCACUCCCCGAGGGCACCGGUUUUCUACAGUAAGUUAUUCGAGGUAUACCGUCGUUCAAUUGCCUUACAGGUUGCAGGGCACCUGUUUUGGCAUUUCUUCGUGUGGGGCCUUAUUUAGUGCUAGAAACCUCCCACAAACUUUCAUCUCGUCCGCACCAAGUCUGUCAACCACCUUCGCAGAGCCGCACCCAAAGCUAGGUCCCAAAUCUGUCCUCUCUCAGCUGGCCGCGGAGCCACCUCAAUUUCCAAAUUGCAGAAGCCGUUUCCCUCCUCCUUAACUUCACUGGGCUUUCCUGUUUAAAGGUGCUACCCUUUUUACCGUCUCAUGGUCUUUCACUGACGCAAUUGAUAGUUUCAACAAUGUGCGGAAUUAUUGCUGUCAUUCUUGCGGAUCCUAGUGGUUCUGCCGUAACUGAUAUUCAUAACGGACUCCCGGUUUUACAACAUAGAGGACAAGAUGCUUGCGGAAUAGCUACAUGUGGUCAGGGCGGAAGAAUUUAUACCCGCAAGGGUAACGGCCUUUGCUCGGAGGUCUUUAGAACACCUGAGCAGCUUAUGGAUUUGCCAGGAAGUAUGGGACUUGGUCAUUGUAGGUUUCUCCAUAUCCAGUCAUUCGCAGAUAAGUUUUCCCUUCACAGUUAUCUCCCUACCCCCACGUCUUGCUUUUUCUUUCACAUCUGGGUAGAGACGCCAUUCGCUACAAUCGAUCGGCCGUGCGUAAAUCAGUUCUAAUGACUCAAUAGUACGUUAUCCCACUGCCGGGUCCUCUGCAAACGCAGAGGCGCAACCUUUUUACGUGAAUUCGCCAUAUGGAAUUUGUUUCGCCCAUGUAAGUAGAUUACUUAUCCCAGCUAUUACUCAUUCUUGAAGGGGAGGUAGCAGCUAACAUCCCUGACAGAAUGGCAACAUUAUUAAUUCACCGGAACUGCGCAAUCAUCUCGAUCACGAAGCGCACAGACAUAUAAACACAGACUCAGACAGUGAAUUGUUGUUGAACAUUUUCGCAAGCACUCUUCAAGAGACGGGAAAAUUCCGUGUUAAUGAGGAAGAUCUCUUUACCGCUUUGAAAGGAAUCUAUCGAAGAUGCCAAGGCGGUUACGCAUGUGUUGCCAUGCUUGCUGGUGAGAAUGAUAAAAGCUUUCAAAGUAUUCCCGUAUAGCUAACAAGUCUCGCAGGAUUUGGUAUUAUAGGGUUCCGAGAUUCUUACGGCAUCAGACCACUUGUUUUGGGAGAGAGGGAAGGUGCCAAUGGUGGCAUGGACUAUAUGUUCUCCAGUGAAAGUGUAGCCCUUGACCAACUGGACUUUACAAAUCAUGUUAACAUCGCUCCUGGUGAGGCCACCAACUUCAGAGAUAUAUAGGCCAGCACUAACAUAGUCGCUUUUCUAGGCGAGGCUGUCAUCAUUAAAAAAGGAUGCAAGCCCCUUUUUAGACAGGUCAACCCGAUCCUAAAUCAUGCACCUGACAUAUUCGAGUAUGUGUACUUUGCUCGUCCAGACUCCAUAAUCGACGGAAUGUCAGUUUACCGCUCCCGGCAAAACAUGGGAUUGCUUCUGGCAAAUACUGUCCUGAAAAGCCUCGGCGAGGAUGUCGUCAAGACAAUUGAUUUAGUCAUCCCUAUUCCUACGACCUCGGAGGUAUCCGCACUUAGCCUUGCACAAAAGCUUCAGAUUCCCUUCUGUCAAGCAUUUGUUAAGAAUCGUUAUGUUGGAAGAACCUUCAUUAUGCCGGGACAAAAGGAGAGGCAAAAAUCGGUCCGCAGAAAGCUAAAUGCCAUGAAAGAGGAGUUCAAGGACAAAAAUGUACUCCUUGUUGACGACAGCAUUGUUCGAGGCACUACUAGUCGGGAGAUUGUCAAUAUGGCGAGGGAUGCUCAGGCGAAGAAAGUUUUUUUCGCCAGUUGUGCGCCCCCCAUUCGGUAAGCAUCACGCUACAUUUAUAUACAGGUUAUGGCGAUGCAAUUCCAUGGCUGACGGUCUCGUAGAAAUGCCCACAUUUAUGGUAUUGACCUUGCAGACACCAAAGAACUGGUUGCUUUCAACCGCACCGAGCAAGAGAUUGCUAGGCAUAUCGGCGCCGAUGCUGUCAUUUACCAAACUCUUCCCGACCUCAUCAAGUCUUGUGCUUCCUUGUCUGCGGCUAUAAAGAACUUCGAGGUUGGAGUCUUUAGUGGUGAAUAUGUCACACCCGUUGACCCUAACUAUUUCAAGAGACUUGAGGGUAUUCGCGGGGAGAGUUCUCGGCUCAAGAGGAAAGCUGCCGCUAUCAAAGCAGUAGCCUCCGGUAUUGCAAACAAGGAGAAUGUUGCUGAUGUCCUCAACGGGGUUACCCUUGUUAAUGGAGAUGGUGAGCAAGUGAGGGACAGGAUGGAUGUCUCCAUUCACAACUUUGGCGAUUAUGUGGACGUUAGCAGAGAGACGGAAAUGAGUUUGGCUGUUUGAAUUUUGACCUCCGUACUUACAUUACUAACCCUAAGGCUUUCUAGGUCCCUAACAUUAUUUUCCAAAAUUUUCUUUUUGCUGUUAUUACUCUUUUUCCAUCGAAUCUAGGCCUGGAGGGAACAUUGCUAUUUGGGGUUUUUUUCCUAUUCUCACUUUUCCCUUCUAGCCCUCGUAUUCUUUUAACUAGUCUUACCAUUUCCCCCCCCUUCCUUGGGGUUUCUACUGUAGGUUAGAGUUAGAUUCUAGGUUUUGAGCUACGGUAGGGCGGAGAUUGAUGCAGUAGCAUCACGGAAACAGCAAGCUUGGGUGGAUGUGGAUCUUUCGCUACUCGUACACAGGCCUCUGCAGCCUGGGUCAGAUUGUGCUGUACAGUACAUGUACGAUAAAUAAAUAAAAAAGAAAGAAAAUUGCAGUUGGGCGCUUUUGCUGUUUCAUUUCUCAUGACUCUCAGGUUGUUUUGUCGUACAGUAAAAUCUCGCGCAUAAGCAACACGACCAGGCUGAUUUACUGUAAUAUAGCCCUGGACCGUAAUUGCACGAGAGGUGCUCUUUGAGACAAUUUUAUUGAUC